AUGAUACCAUCAAAAAAUCAGCCUUGGUCAUGGAGAAUUAGAUAUAAAUUAGGACAUGGAAAACGGACUGUGGAGCUAAAGAUUACGAUGUGGAAUAUAACAAGCCAUUUUCGAACUGGCUCUUGUCAGAAUCUUGUAGAUGUAAUAAGUACAUACGGAAUAAAAGUAGUAGCACUGCAAGAAAUUCGAUGGAUGGGUGCAGGUCAGCUGAAAGUAGGGGAAUAUGUAAUUUUCUACUCGGGAUUGGAGAGUAGUCAUUUCUUUGGAAGUGGUUUUGCGGUUCAUGAGUCACUGGAGCCAUACGUCAGAGAAUUCAAUCCUGUUUCAGAAAGGAUAGCAGUUCUGAGAAUUAAUACAACCCCACUAAACAUGGUGUUAAUAUGCGUGCAUGCACUGACUGAAGUAAGCACAGACAAUGACAAGAAUGCUUUUUAUGAAAACCUUGACAGAGUAUACGACAAAAUACCAGGCAAUCUGAUAAAGGUAAUAUUAGGUGACCUGAAUGCCAUGUGUGGGAAGGAAAUCCAAUUUCAACCAACAAUAGGAAAAGAAAGUUUGCAUUAUAAUAGUAACGACAACGGGUUAAGAAUUAUAUCCUUUGCAUCUUCAAAGAAUAUGAUAAUAAGUAGCACAACUUACCCUCACAAGAAGAUUCACAAGGGGAAAUGGAGAUCUCCGGAUGGUAAAACUAUUAAUCAAAUAAAUCAAAUACUUAUUCAGAGAAGGUUUAGAUCAUGUGUUGAGGAUGUAAGGAGCUACAGGGGGCAGAUUGCUGUAAAUCUAGAAGCGCUUAAGGAUAUAGAGACUCAGAGAAACUAUGCUACUAAAGUUGGCAAUCAGCUAAAAAAACUUGAAGGACAAGAUAUAAAUUCAGAAUGGACCCAGGCCAUAACAUUCAUCAAGGAAGUAGCAGAACAAAGCAUAGGAAGAAUGGAAAAAAAAAAGGGAAUAAAUGAUUUAAUGAGGCCUGUCGCAAAGCAAUCGAGAAACGGCGAAGAAAAGAGAAGCUUCCUGAAUGGAAUACUGCAAGAGGCAGAAAAGGAUAGAUCACAAGGUAGCAUAAGACAUUUCUUCAAAACCAUCAAAAAGUACAGUACAUUUAACCCAAGCCUAAAAGCUGUAAAGGAUAGGGAAGGGACAAUACUUAUGGAGCCAGAAAAGAAAAUAACUAGAUGGAAAGAGUACUUUGCAGAUUUAUUGGAUGGCACAAUACCUCUGGACCCGAUAGAGAACAAAAUAUUUCAGAAAGCGAAACAACUGGUAAAAGAAAUAUCCAUGGAAGAAGUAAGAGCAGCGAUAAGGAGCCUUAAAAACUGGAAGGCACCUGGUUCUGACAGCAUACCAUCAGAACUCAUAAAAUACGGUGGAGAUGAUAUGUACAACUUUAUUUACAGGAUUUGUCUUAGGGUAUGUCAGGAGGAAAAGAUGCCAGAGAACUGGAACGAAGCAAUAAUUAUACCAAUCUAUAAAAAGGGUGAUAAAACCGAAUGCAACAAUUAUAGGGGGAUAUCCCUGUUAAAUUCAGUAUAUAAGAUUUUUUCCAAAGUUCUAUUGAAUCGCCUAAUACCCUAUGCAGAAGAAUGCUUAGAUGAAUACCAGAGUGGGUUUCGCAAAGGUAGGUCAACUAUAGAACAAUUAUCGGUUAUAGCACAAAUUAUAGAGAAGAAAUAUGAAUAUCGCCAGGAAAUGUGGCAAAUGUUUGUCGACUUUAGGAAAGCUUAUGACAGCAUACACAGAAAUAGUCUGUAUAAUAUAAUGGAAGAAUUUGGAUUAAAUUGGAAGCCGGAAGGAAGAAAGCCACGUGGUCGUCCCCGGAAAAGAUGGAUGGAUGUCAUGGAAAAAGAUUUGGAAGACCUUGGAGCACAGAAUUGGAGGGAAAUAGUACAAGACCGAGAUAAGUAG